AUGUCUUCCAGCGGUGUUACGGUGGCGGACGGCGGCCCGCAUAUGUACUUCUGCCACCAAUGCGAGCGCACCGUCUCCAUUACCCCUUCCCUCGCCGGCGACAUCCUCUGCCCCUCCUGCAACUCCGGUUUCGUUGAGGAAUACCAAAACCCUAACCCUAAUCCCGCCAUCCCCGACGUGUUCUUCCCCGACCCUCUCUCUCUUUUGCUCUCCCAGUUCCUCGUCACCUCAGCAAACCCUGAAUCUGAUUCCCGGUCCGCACAGGACGGGGAUUCUCCGAUGGGGCCGGAUGCUUUCGACCCGUUAUCGUACUUGUUCAACCUUCUCGCGAAUCGCCGUGCUAGCGGCAUUGACUACCAGUUCGUGAUCGAGGACCAUCCAUCGGCCGCCGGUUUCCCUUUUCCUGCCAACAUCGGGGAUUACUUUGUGGGGCCCGGAUUUGAGCAGUUGAUCCAGCAGCUGGCUGAGAAUGAUCCUAAUAGGUACGGUACCCCGCCUGCAGCCAAAUCGGCUGUUGAGGCCCUACCAAAUAUCAACGUGGAUGAGGACUUGCUGAAAUCUGAGCUUGCUCAGUGCGCUGUGUGUAAGGACGAUUUUGAGUUGGGAACUGUUGUUAAGCAGAUUCCCUGCAAGCAUGUUUACCACCAAGAUUGCAUUCUGCCCUGGCUCGAGCUGCAUAAUUCCUGCCCUGUUUGUCGAUAUGAGCUGCCCACUGAUGAUCCAGAAUACGAGAGCAAUGUGAAUUCGGACCGGAGAGGUGAUGAUGGUGCAGCUGAGGAUUCUGCCGGGCCUAGGACGGGUCAGAGGAGGUAUACCAUACCAUUGCCUUGGCUGUUUGGCGGUUUUGGAUCUGGGUCAGGGUUGGGGCCAGAUUCAGGUGGUGAGGGGUCGGAACAGUACAGGCGGGAGCGGAAUUAA